AUGGCCACCCGCUCCGGCUCCCCAAUCCAUUUCCUCGGACUCAACGCCGCAGGCCAGAAAUUCUGGCUCGGCGGCGAAACGGCCUCCUACUGCCCGGAAAACAUCGUCAAGAACUGCCCACCAGGAAACCAGACCGUCCUUGCACCCGGUGGUAGUGCCUUGGUAAGUCCAGUCCCCCAAGUCAUUCAUUCAUUCCCUUUUCCCCUUUUCCUCCCUCUAUAUUUCCCUUGCAAGAAAAAUCUAACAAUCUACCAGGAUACCUCAGUCCCAGGCGGCCAACGGGUCUACGUCGACCCCAACGGCGCUCUAAGCUUCACUCAAGCCCACUCAGCUAGUAUCCCGGAGGGCUCCUCGCUCGGUCCAUUCGAGUAUAACGCCGCGGAGCCAUGGUCGCACUAUUCUUUCAACGGAUGGGGCUCCAGUGGGUUCAUGGCUUGUCCCGCUGAUGGAGGCCGCUGGCAGGUGUUUGCUGCGCUGGGUAAUGCUACCGUCCCACAGGGCAAUGUUGAUGACUGUCUUGGGUUCUCGGCUAUUGCGCUUCCUUAUUCUGGGGAGACACCUGCUUGGCAGUAUAUUUAG